GUGGAGAAAAAGAGAUCUUGCAGUAAUUAUAAAUAUGAUUGCUGAGGAUUGGAUAAAAAGCAAGACUGAUAAAGAAUGACAUAUCAUGAUAAAGCACGCCCAGAAUGCUCGAAUCCUCACAAUGAUCGGAUAUGGUUUUAUGAUUUUAUCAAUAGCUUUAAUCAUAAUUCUACCUUUGUUUGGAAAAUCUGUGAGAUACUUGACAAAUAUCACCGAUCCAAUUAAGAUCUUACCUUUACAAACCUAUUACAUAUAUGACAAAGAUAAAAGUCCAUAUUUCGAAUUCACAUUUGUUGCACAGAUUUUUCUGAUCUUAAUGUGUUUUGCGUCUUAUAGCGGCGUGGAUACUUUAUUCGGAUUAUUAGUAUUUCAUUUAUGCGGGCAAAUGGAAAAUCUUAAAGAAAAAUUGAUUAAUAUAGAACAAUUUAAAAACUAUAACAAAGGUUUGGCCUUUAUCGUGAAGGAUCACAUACGACUAAUCAAAUGUUUUGAUAUUAUUGAAAAUACGUUUACUCUAUUAUUACUUGGGCUACUAAUCUAUUUCGGCAUUUUAUUCUGUUUAUACGGAUUUUUAAUUCUUGCAAUACUCACAGAAGGAAAAAAGAUGUCACUAAUGCGUUUUUUAUAUCUUGUAUCUGUUGCGAUGAACAUUUGUUGUCAUAUGUGUCUAUUUUGCGCGGUAGGUGAGAUUCUGAUAGCACAAUGUGAAAAUAUAUAUCAUGCAACGUAUGAACAUAAAUGGUAUAAAUUGGAGCCAAAAGAGAUGAAAAACUUACUUUUAAUAAUGAUUCGAACUAACAAACCUUUUCAUAUUACGGCUGGGAAGAUAUUCCCUAUGACAAUGUCAAUGUUUUGUAAUGUAAGCAAUAAUUAUCAUAUUAAUUAUUUAACCUUUAUUAAUCGUCUCCUAAUAAAAAAUUAA